CUAAUUCUUGCCCAGCACUUGACAUUCUGGCAUCAGGGUUUGGCAGCUAGGUCGUCAUUCGGACCGAAUUCACCACAGUGCUCAAUUGUGAGCAACACAUUGACCGCGCUCUUAAUCACCGACGGUGCCCCCCUCAUCCAGAAUACUAAGUAGAGAAGAGAGACGACAUAAAAGACCGCCAGACAAACACCCUCAUCCUCGUGCAUAACAGAAGAGAACCUCACAAAAGAGAGAAAAGACAACACCUUCACCUCCACCAGCCAGACCAGACCAUGGCCAACCCCGUGCAAUACACAUACGGCGCACCCAACACUGGGUCAACCGCGAAAUCCAUCCCUCACCCCGAACCCGUAUCCGCGCUGCAAAUCCACGUCGCAGGGAUUCUCGUCACUGUCUUCGGCCUGAACGAGCUCCCCAACGAAAAAGACACCGACACAGCCAUCGACGGCGGCGAUGACUCCCCUCUCGGCGUCUCGAUCCUUUGGCUCCUCCACCCGCGUCUCCAAACCCAAGAAUGCAUGGCGCCAUUCGCCGGCCACUUGAUCCACGAAUGGAACACACACCGCAAAACCCUCCCUCGAACAAACAAAAACCGACGAAAAGGCCUCAUUGCCAUUUCCUUCGACCAACGCAACCACGGCACACGGCUCGUCGUGCCCCUCGCCAACGAAGCCUGGCGCUCCGGUAACGAACGUCACGCUCUCGACAUGUAUUCCUGCUACGCGGGGACCGCCGCCGACGUGAGUUUACUCCUCGAUUACAUUCCAGGGUAUAUCUUCGCGACGGGCACGGGCACGGGCGGCGCGAGUCGAGUCGUCGAGCGGAAUCUCGUCAUGGGAAUCAGUCUAGGAGGUCAUGCCGUCUGGCAUGUCCUGUGUAACGACCCGCGCUUCACUGCUGGGAUCAGUGUGGUGGGAUGUCCCGACUAUGCGCGCCUCAUGGCCGAUCGUGCGAGAUUGAGUAAACGGAAAUCAUGGCUUGAUGGUCAAGGAAAGGAGUUCUUUGGAAGUGUGGAUUUUCCCGAAGCUCUUGUCGAGUCCAUGGGGAGAGGGGACCCGGCGGGUGUGGUGUGGGGUCAUGAUAGGAAAUCAGACCUAGGGUUGGGUUUGAGACCGGGGGAUCUUCCGGAUGAGGAAUUGUCAGAAGAGCAGAUUUCCAGGGUGAAGCCGGUGAUGAAGAGGGUUUUUGGUGAUAAGAGGGUUUUGGUCUUGAGUGGUGGCGCGGAUAAGUUGGUGAAUUAUAGGUUUAGUAAACCGUUUUUGGACUGGGUGAGGAAAGUGAGUGAGAAGGAUGGGUGGUUUCAUGAUGGGGGUUUGUAUUUGGAGGAUCAUGUCUUUGAAGGAGUGGGACAUGAGGUUACGCCGCCGAUGGUGGAGAGGAUGGUUGAUUUUUUGAAUCAGACAUUGGCGGUGGAUGAGUCGGCUGGAAAGGUGAGGGCGAGGAGGGGGAGUAAGAUAUAAAGGAAGGGAGGGGAAAGGGGAGGUGGUAAGAUGUUCUUGUUGAGGGAUAGAGAUUCGUUCAAGGAUCUCUAUACACACUACUGUGCAGUAUUACAAAAGAGGUAAAAGUAUGGUAGAGGUUAGGCUGUGGGUUUUUUGACCGAAGCCUGAAGGUUUGGCCGUCAAAAUUAUAUCACAGAGUAGAAUAUACAUACAAGGCUGUAACUGCCUUGGUCUUGACUGUUCAUACA